CUUCUCCGGUUCUUCCACUUCUAACUCCAAUCGGCGCUGAGCCGGCAGCCUCUUCUCUCUUUCUCCACAAAUGGAGCAUUCUGUUUGUCAUCGUCGUCUUCUCAACUCUCCGUCUUCACCAUCACUGAUCGUCUCUCGUCUCCACCCUACAAAGCUUACUUUCCUGCAUCCAACAAUUACACAGCGUAAAGUACAACUCAUGGCUGCACAACCCCACAGUCUCUCUGCUACUCAAGUGGGACCUCUUCGUGCCUUCGAUAAUGGCUCCCCGGCAGUGACUUCCGAAACCCAGACCGGUCGAAUUGGAGAGGUGAAGAGAGUGACGAAAGAGACUAAUGUAUUUGUGAAGAUAAACUUGGAUGGAACGGGUGUGGCUGAGAACUCUACGGGCAUUCCAUUUCUUGAUCAUAUGUUGGAUCAACUUGCAUCCCAUGGGUUGUUCGAUGUGCAUGUGAAGGCUACAGGGGACGUUCACAUUGAUGAUCAUCACACAAAUGAAGAUGUUGGCCUUGCCAUUGGAACAGCGUUGUUGCAAGCACUUGGCGAUAGAAAGGGAAUCAAUCGGUUUGGUGACUUCUCAGCUCCCCUGGAUGAAUCGCUGAUUCAUGUUGCAUUGGAUUUAUCUGGAAGGCCGCAUUUAGGUUUUGAUUUACAAAUACCGACUCAGAGAGUGGGAACGUAUGACACUCAGCUGGUGGAACACUUCUUCCAGUCGAUGGUCAACACUUCUGGAAUGACGCUUCAUAUACGACAGCUUGCCGGAAAAAAUUCUCAUCACAUUAUCGAGGCAACCUUCAAGGCGUUUGCACGAGCCCUUAGACAAGCAACUGAGUAUGACUUGCGUCGUGGUGGAAGUAUACCAAGCUCAAAGGGGGUUCUUUCACGUGCCUGAAGUAUCGAAAUUUGACAAAAUGAGGGUGUUACAGUCGGAGGUUUAACUUUUGUUCCGCAAACAGACUAUGAUUCUCUUGCUGAUGUAUGAACACACUUCAUUUCUAUGAUUUCAACAUUUUUUUUUAUCAGAACUUGUGAGCACUGUAGAAGUUGUAAGGAUUAACAUUGUAUAAAAGUUACCAAAAGUGUUUUCUAGUUUUUCUCAAUAAAGCAAUAUGUACUUUGAAUAA